AUGGUAACUUCAUCAAAGUCUGACCAAUAUCUCGAAAGAUUCUUGUACGCUGCUACCAUACGACAUAUAUUGACUAGUCCAGAAAAGGAUAAUAAAAAGGCAGCUGGAUAUGCACAAAUUUUGACUGUGGAUAUUCAGAGUCAAUUAAAUAUUAAAUUUGCUCUGGUCAUCUUGAAGGGUAAAUUUCCCUGCCUUGAUCCUUUGCCAGGAAAUGGUGUUAAUGUUGAACUUCUCUUGCAUAUCUCUGCUGGCCCUCAACAUCAACGCCAUCGAAAGCUCUUGCAACCGGCCUUUGGACCAUCACAUUUACGCGCUGCUCUAGAUGCCAGCUAUGAGAGCAGCAGGAAACUAGUCAAGAUCUGGUCAGACAAGCCUGAUUCUGAACGUGUCGUUGAUGUUUACCGAGCCAUGACAGACUUGACUUCCGAUAUUGCGAAAAUCGCCUUUUCAUAUGAUUUUAGAGGUGCAGCUAUUGAGUAUCGUGCUGGUCAUGGAACUUCAGCAAACAGUCUUACAUUCAGCUUUCUACGACUUGCUGAGAAUCCGGAUGUAUGCAAGAAGCUUCAAGCUGAGAUUGACAGUGUUAUUGGCCCGAAUGUUAGAGCUACGACUGAAAAUGUUGGAGGUCUUGUAUAA